UUUACCUGGAUUAAAUUUAAAACAUUUAAUUUAACACAAACCAGAAAAAAUAAUAAAAGCAGAUAUUUUAUUACACAACCAGAAUAUUUAUCGGUAGAAAUAAAUGCUCAUAAUUUAUUAUAUUUAAUUUUACUUGUCAAACAAAAGCAGUUACCACCACAAGCAUUGAAUAUUCCUAUUUUUAACUCGCAAGCUUGUGAAUCAAUUUUUAGAAAUACGCGAGCGUUAAGUGGAAUUUAUUCAACCAUAGUCAACUUUACAGUACAUGAUUUUCUACGACGUGCCCAAAGAUUAUCAUUAUUGAAUGACAUUAAAUGUAAACAGUUACAUAAUGGUUCAGUUGACAAGUUAGUCUUUCCGGUUCAUUAUAAACAUCGGGUUGAACGUCAAUCAUCAUUUACACACAGUCAACUUGAAAUUGAUGAAAUAGACAUCGAACGAGUUAUUACUGAUGCCUAUCAUCGUGCUGUUGAUAUGCUUGAAGGUCUAGAUAUAUUGAACUUAUUGGAAAAAAAACAUGUUCUUGGAUUAAAACCAUUAAGUGAAUAUUUAUUUCGACAAUUAAAUUCCAAUUCAUAA